ACUUCCAUUUUCAUUUUGCUGUAUUACAGCUCUUCACGUUUUUUCGUUUCAACUUCAUAUUCUUCAUAUUUAUUUGAAGAUCUCGAAUUUGAAUUCUGAAUUUUCAAUUAGAUUUUGUAGCACGAUGGCGGAUCGAGUACAUCCUAUGGAUUUACCAUCAUCAAGCAAUCCUCCGUCCUCGAACAACUCCGGCGAAGUAGUUUCACCGAAAAAACCAUCAUUUCCAUCGCCGGCGAAGCCUGUACAGCCACCGGCGGGAACUUACGUAGUUCAAGUUCCGAAGGAUCAAAUUUACAAGUAUCCUCCACCAGAGAAUUCUCGCCGGUAUGAGUCUCUUACUAAACGAAAGCCUCGCCGGAGCUGCUGCUGUCGUUGUCUCUGCUUCACUUUCUCCGUUCUACUUCUGCUUAUUAUAUCAAUCGGAAUCACCGCCGGAGUUCUAUACCUUGUGUACCGCCCUGAAGCACCGAAGUACACCAUUUCCAGCAUUGCGAUUAAGAAUUUCAACUUCACAGCGUCUUCGAGAAUCUCGCCUGAGUUCGACAUUUCCGUCAGAGCUGAAAAUCCGAACAACAAAUUAGGAAUUUACUACCGGAAAGGAAGUUCAGUUACGGUGGUUUACUCCGGCGUGGAUCUUUCCGCCGGUGCAUUACCGGCGUUUUAUCAGCCGGCGAAUAAUGUAACGGUUUUUCAAACGGCGUUGAAAGGUUCGAACGUUAUACUUGGAAACGCCGUUAAGUCGACGUUAAGAAAUGAACAGAUGAAAGGGAAAGUGCCGUUCAGAGUGAAUAUUAAAGCGCCGGUUAAGAUUAAGAUUGGGGCAGUGAAGACCUGGGAAAUCACCGUUAAAGUUAACUGUGACGUAACGGUGGAUGCGUUGACCGUUAAGUCGAAAUUGGUAUCUAAGGAUUGUGAUUAUAGUGUGAGGCUUUGGUAGAGGGUUUAAAGUUUAAUCACAUUUUAAAUUUGAUUUUUUGUUUAUUACUCUACUAUAUACUAAAACAUAUUGUAGAAAUUAUGUAUUACUACUUUUUUCUCUUUUGGUUUGAGAAAAAUGGUUAUAUUUUUAUAGAC